GUGUGCGACAUUCUUCCUGGACUCCUGCCUGCUCCCAUUCCUCAAGCCGCGGCCAGCCGCAGUCCUGCUGGGCUCUUGAAAUGAACGUUCCCCGAGCGCCCCCUGGUGGAUUGUGGAGGUGACCGUCUGUCGAUGCCCAGCGAUGGCAACCGUGCUCCCUCCGGGUCCCCAGCCGGCCUCGGGGAAUGAGACUCUGCAGGUACAUUACAACUACGUGGGGAAGCUGGAGGGCAGGCUGAAGGACCCCUCCGAGGGUGGCAGCACGCUCACCACCAUCCUCUUCUUGGUCGUCUGCAGCUUCAUCGUCUUGGAGAACCUGAUGGUUUUGAUUGCCAUCUGGAAAAACAAUAAAUUUCACAACCGCAUGUACUUUUUCAUCGGCAACCUGGCUCUGUGCGACCUGCUGGCUGGCAUAGCCUACAAGGUCAACAUUCUGAUGUCCGGCAAGAAGACGUUCAGCCUGUCCCUGACGGUCUGGUUCAUCAGGGAGGGCAGUAUGUUUGUGGCCCUCGGGGCGUCCACCUGCAGUUUGCUGGCCAUUGCCAUAGAGCGGCACUUGACCAUGAUCAAGAUGAGGCCCUACGAUGCCAACAAGAAGCACCGGGUCUUCCUUCUGAUCGGGAUGUGCUGGCUCAUUGCCUUUUCGCUGGGCGCCUUGCCCAUCCUGGGCUGGAACUGCCUGAAGAACCUCCCUGACUGCUCCACCAUCCUUCCCCUCUACUCCAAGAAGUACAUCGCCUUCUGCAUCAGCAUCUUCAUCGCCAUCCUGGUGACCAUCGUCAUCCUGUACGCACGCAUCUACUUCCUGGUCAAGUCCAGCAGCCGCAAGGUGGCCAAUCACAACAACUCGGAGCGGUCCAUGGCCCUGCUGCGAACGGUGGUGAUCGUGGUGAGUGUGUUCAUCGCCUGCUGGUCGCCCCUCUUCAUCCUCUUCCUCAUAGAUGUGGCCUGCAAGGCCAAGGAGUGCUCCAUCCUGUUCAAGGACCAGUGGUUCAUCAUGCUGGCGGUCCUCAACUCCGCCAUGAACCCCGUCAUCUACACGCUGGCCAGCAAGGAGAUGAGGCGCGCCUUUUUCCGUCUGGUCUGCAACUGCCUGGUCAGGGGCAAGGGGGCCCGCGCCUCGCCCAUGCAGCCGGCUCUGGACCCAAGCAGAAGCAAAUCCAGCACCAGCAACAAUAGCAGCCACUCCCCAAAGAUCAAGGAUGACCUGCCCCACCCAGCCGCCACAUCCUGCAUCAUUGACAGAAACAGAGCACUUCAGAACGGGAUCCUCUGCAAGUGA